AUGAACAAACUUGAUUAUCUCGCUUAAAAAGAAGAAGAGUUACGAAAACUAAAUGAGCAAUUAGAACAGAGAAAGAAUAACAUCUUAGAUGACGAGAAAGAAUAUUAAAUUGAUACUAAAACUAAUAAAUUAACAAUAAACAAUGGCAGAAAUCCAUUCGCUUAGGAUGAUGAUGAUCAUUUAGAUUAGAAUGAAGAUGAUGAUGAUUUCAAUAAAUAAUUUCACAAUGAUGAUCCUAAAUUCAGACAAUCAGCUACGAGCCUUCUUAAAGAGGCUAAAUAACUCAGAGAAUCCUAUUAAAGAGAUAAAACCAACGAUAGACCUGCUGUCUCUGAUCAUUAUGAUGAUGAAUUUAAUAGUGCUUUGAGUGAAGUAGAGAGAUAUCGAGAAGUUCUCGAAAAGUCAAAGGAACAGGAAAAGAUCAUUAAUUUCCAAAAAGCUAAGAUUGCUGCUUUGUAAGCUGAGUUAGAGGAUGCUCUCAAGUCUUAAAAUAAGGUUGAAAGUAAGCACGAAGAUCUAGAAUCUUAGAACAAAAAGCUAGCUGAGGAAGCGAAGAAGUUUAAUGAAAAGAUGAACCAGAGCAAUAUACAAAUGUAAAAACUUAAACAGCAAAACUAAGACUUGUAAACAAAGCUAAAUUCUCUUGAAAAAAGCUUGUAAGAGUAAAAUAAGGAGCUAGAUGCUAUUGAAAGAGAUAAGAAAAAGACUGGCUAGGAAGUAGGGACUAAAGAUGCUAAGCUAAACAGAGCGAUUGAAGAAUUAGAGAAGUAUAAAUUGUAACUAAAAGAGGCUAAAGCCAGCGAGGUAAGUAAGAGUGACACUUUGAGGAAAGAUAUGGAUAGAUUGCUUGAGGAGAACAGAAAGCUUGAAAGGCAAAGGAAUGAACUUAUGCAAGCUUUCAAGAAACAAAUGAAGCUGAUUGAUAUCCUUAAAAGAUAAAAGAUGCAUAUUGAAGCUGCGAAAUUAUUAGCUUUUACAGAGGAUGAAUUCGUUAAAACUCUAGAACUAGGAGACAAAAUGUGA